AUGACCCAACUUCAAAUGCAUUUAGAUGGACAAGCCAAGUUGUUAGUCCAAGGUCUUGGUUGCGAUGGAAAAGCGUAUGCCGUAGCCUUAAAGUGGUUGAAGAAGCGUUUUGGUCAUCCAGUGAUAGUGGCUCGAGCAGUGAUUGAAAAGGCAGUGAUUGACAGGAUUCCCCCUGGAAACAGAUACGCUUUGAGUCAAUUUCAUAACGAAUUACGAAACUGCAUAUUCACCUUGGAAAGAAUGAACUUCUUCUCAGAUCUUUUCUCAAGUAACAACUUAAGAAUGGCAAUUGCGCGUCUCCCACCUGGUUUACGUCGUUCCUGGGCUAAAACAUCACGAACAAUUCGAAUUCAAGAAAUGCCGAAUCUCAUUCAUUUCGAGAUCUGGAUGAAUCAAGAAGUGGAGACGGCUUACGACCCAGAUCUGCCAGUAGAUGAUAAAUCUACAAGAAGAACAGACACGAAAGCUCCAGAAAUACCUUCCACUCGCAUACGAACAUUUGCGACUUCAUUCCCAGACGAAGAUCAUGAUUGCACGUCACCAACAAGGGUGGAAACACCAUGUCUUCUUUGUCCACUCAAGCAUUAUCUUGGUCGUUGUUGGAAAUACCAAAACAAGUCAGCGUCCGAGAAACAUGUUUUCGUGAGAACAAAAGGACUUUGCUACAAUUGUCUACGACCUGGACAUCAUGCUAAUAAGUGUUCAUCAAAGUUCGUAUGUCGUGUUCUCAAUUGCAACAAGAAACACCACUCAAGUCUACAUGACUCGCCUCAAAUGAUGCAAGUCCGUGGUACUAAAACUAAAUCCGUGGGAGUCAAUACAGAAGACGAUAACAAAGAAAAGCCUGUUGUUGCUUCAACGCAUCUGAAGACAGAUGAAGGAGAACAAAUCCUUAAAAACACCAAAGUAUUUGUGCAGAUGGUACCUGUCAAAGUACAAAAUGCCCAAGGUGAAGAGGUCAACACGUUUGCGCUAUUGGACCCUUGUUCAGAAGCAACAUUGAUUCGAGAAGACCUUGCCAACAAACUAGGACUUGAAGGACCGAUGAAAAGCUUAUCAAUUGGAACAGUCGUAUCCAAUGGAGAAUGCUGUUCUUCUAGACUUGUCGAUUUCACAAUCAGUCCAGCAGCAAGUGCAAUUCCAUUUACAGAAAUUAGGGUUGAUCAAGCAUGGACAGUUCCACAUUUGAACGUUCCUUCUCGUCACCAACGCGUUUCGCCAAACGGAGCAGCUUUCUCGUACUUGGACGGAUUGGACUUUCCAAACGUUAGCUCUUGUGACAUUGCUUUAUUGAUUGGGGCCAAUAUUCCUGAAGCGUUGAUUGCCCUCGAAGUACGACGGGGUCCCGAAAACCAGCCAUUGGCUAUUCGUACAGCACUUGGAUGGACACUUUUGGGAUCAAAAGCUGAAUUUAAAGAACGGAAUGAGCAUUUCACAGCCGCGAAUGUUAACUUCGUUUCCAUUUCCGACGAGAAUCUUCAUCGUAGAGUCGAGGAGUUUUGGAGAACCGAGUCAUUCGGCUGCUCCUUUGAAGGAAAAAUUCCCCAGUCUAUGGAGGAUCAAAAUGCAAUUCGAACACUAGAAGCGACCACGAAAUACACUGGCGAACGAUAUGAGGUCGGUAUGCUCUGGCGAUGUGAAAAUCCAGUGCUACCUUACAAUCGUGUUUUAGCUGAAACGAGUUUUCGAAACUUAGAAAAGAAAUUUCAGAAAGACCCUGAACUUGCAACAGCCUAUACGAAUAUCAUUCAUGGUUACUUAGAAAAAGGAUAUGCCAGAAAGCUCAGUUCAGACGAAACCAAAUCAAAACCGGAGAAAGUUUGGUACCUUCCACACCAUUCAGUGCAAGCUAAGCAUAAGAAACUCCGAGUUGUGUUCAAUGCAGCGGCAAAAUUUCGUGGAACCAGUCUGAACGAUCAGUUAGUUACCGGUCCAGAUUUACUUAACAAUUUGGUAGGAAUACUAACUCGAUUUCGAUCCGAAAAGGUUGCCAUGUUAGCUGACAUAGAAGCCAUGUUUCACCAGGUAAAAGUAAAGGAAGAUGAUCAAACAUCGCUGAGAUUUCUGUGGCGAAACGUCUCCACCCCUGGUCAACCUAUCGAAUCCUAUCAAAUGCAAGUGCAUAUUUUUGGGGCAAAAUCAUCUCCAUGCUGUGCAAGUUAUGCUCUGCGACGAACGGCAACUGAUAAUGCGUCAAGUUUCGAUAACGUUGUUAUUCAGACGGUGUUACGCAAUUUCUACAUGGAUGACUUGUUAAAGUCUGUUCCAACUAUCGAUGAAGCAAUUAGAUUGGCGUACCAGUUGAUGGAUCUCCUUCGAAGGGGUGGUUUUCGCCUUACUAAAUGGCUCAGCAACUGUCGAGAAGUGAUACAAGCUCUACCAAAAACAGAGCUUGCUACUUCAGUUGUCGAUCUUGCCUCUGAAGAACUGCCAAUGGGAAGAACUCUCGGUGUCGCUUGGGACAUAGAAGGUGAUCAAUUCAAAUUCAAUGUUUCGUCCGUUGAUGGUGCUACGAAACGACACAUACUAAAAGUUACAAGUUCUAUUUUCGAUCCUCUGGGGUUGCUGGCCCCUUUCAUCUUCAAAGCCAAGUGUCUUUUACAAGAAUUGUGGCGUCUAAAGCUGGACUGGGACGAAGAAAUAACUGGUGACGUAUUGCAGGCUUGGACAACCUGGAAGACGGAGUUGGAAGAAUUAAAGAAGUUCUUCUACCCACGAUGUUUGAAGCUGUACCCCGACGAGCAAGUUAGUGUUUGUCAAAUGCACGUGUUUGCGGAUGCAUCUGAGCUAGGAUUCGCUGCAGUGAUCUACCUUCGAUAUAUUUAUGUGUCGUCAAAAAUCUCGUGUGCAUUCCUUGUCGGCAAGUCAAGAGUCCCUCCUCUCAAACCGCUGACAGUUCCUCGAUUGGAGUUGCAAGCCGCCGUUCUCGCUACCCGUCUGAGCACAUCCAUACAGAAAGAACUGAAUGUAUCUGUACACGAAAAUUUCUAUUGGAUUGAUUCACUCGUUGUCUUACAAUACAUCAUGAGCGAAAAUCGACGAUUUCCUACAUUCAUCGCAAACCGAGUCUCAGAAAUUAGAGAAAAUUCGAAACUCCAAGAAUGGCAUCAUGUUUCCGGUGCUCUUAAUCCAGCUGAUGAUGGAUCCCGAGGAUUAUCGCCUGUACAACUUUCGAAACAACACCGUUGGUUGUCGGGACCUGAUUUCCUCUGGCAGUCUGAAGAGCAUUGGCCAAUCCAACCUGAUUUUAAACAAAGUACCCAAACCAAUUGCGGAAUGGAGAACGAGUGCCCCAUUAUUGCUGUUAUUAAAGCGACCUCUCCUAUAAUCGAUCCUACAGAGUUUUCAAAGCUUUUCCGCUUGCUAAGGGUCACAUCUUGGGUCAAACGGUUCCUAGCUAAGCUUCAAUGA